CUUCUACAUAAACAAACUCGUUGUGCUCUUCUCAAAUCCAUAAUUCACACUCUCUUCUUCUACUUCUGAUCAUCAGAGAAAACGAAACCCAUUUCUCAAACUCCGAAAAUUUCCAAAAUAUCAUCAUGGGUUUCAUUUCUUCUUCAUCACCAGUAGAAGAAUCUCAUUACCAUACACACAAGAUCUUCCUUUUCUCCAACUACAUCCUUCUCGGCGCUGCUUCAAGCUGUAUCUUCCUCACACUCUCUCUCCGUCUAAUCCCUUCCAUCUGUGGAUUCCUCCUCAUCCUCCUCCACGCCACCACAAUCGCCGCCGCUGUCUCAGGCUGCGCCGCUGCUUCUUGCGGAAGAAACCGUUGGUACGCUGCUCACAUGGUAGCCACUGUGCUCACAGCCAUAUUCCAAGGCUCUGUCUCUGUUCUCAUCUUCACCAACACAUCAAAAUUCCUCGGGAGUCUUAAGUCCUAUGUGCGUGAGGAAGAUGCUGCUGUGAUCUUGAAACUUGGUGGUGGGCUCUGUAUUGUUAUCUUUUGUCUUGACUGGAUCGUUCUUGUGUGUGCUUUCUUCUUGAAGUACUAUGCUUAUGUCGAUGUUGGUGAUGGCGUUGCGAUGAGGAGGACUGGUAAGGUUCAGAGUGAGGAGAAUCCUAAGGAUUGGCCAUGGCCGUUCCAAGUUUAAAGCUAGUGUCUUUUUGUUUUGUGGUGAGAGUUGUUGAGUUGGAUCAAUAUCAAAUGUUGGUUUUAUGGAUCUGUUUCGGUGGGUAUUAUUGUGAUUUGUUCAUUUGUUUUUUGAGUGUUUGAUGUAAUUCGUCAAUGAUAUAUAUAGUCCUUUCCUAUGA